GAACACGACUCGGAGUUUAAUUUGUCUCACGGAAUGGAGACUCGGAUGAAACGAUAGCCUUCCUGUUUGGAGACAUGGGAACUCCAACACCAUAUGCUACCUUUAUCAGUACACAAGACGGAAGCAUAUCAACCAUGAAGUGGAUCCUCCGUGACAUAGAAGCUAUUGGUGGCAAGCCUGCUUUUGUUUCUCUUCUUGGAGAUAUCAGCUAUGCAAGAGGCUGCUAAUGGUUGUGGGACCAUUUUUUUACUCAAGUUGAACCUGUUGCAUCCAAAGUGCCAUACCAUGUGUGCAUUGGUAAUCACGAGUAUGAUUGGCCUUUACAGCCCUGGAAACCGGAUUGGUCCAAUGCAGUUUAAGGAACUGAUGGCGGUUGUGAAUGUUGGCCUGUUGGGUUCCUUACAGCCUUAAAUUUAACAUGCCAGAGAACUCUUCAGAGUCAACUGGCCCGUGCUCCUGGACUCGAAACCUUUGUACAUAUCAACUAAGACCAAUUUCGUUUCUGGGAGCAGCCAAUAUAACUUUAUAAAGCAAGAUCUGGAAUCAGUUAACUAGAGCAAGACCCCUUUUGUGGUGGUCCAAAGGCACAGACCAAUGUAAACUACUAGCAGCAAAAACAGGGAUGCCCCUUAAGGAAAAAAAUGCUUGAGCACUUGGAACGUUUGUUUGCGAAAAAUUAACAAUGUUGCCCUUGCAUUGUGGGGUCAUGUGCAUAGAUGUGAAAGGUUUUGUCCAGUGUGCAACUUCACCUGCGGAAGCACUUGGAAGGGAUUUCUCUCCAUGCUGUGAUUGGUAUGGCAGGACAAGACUGGCAGCCCAUCUGGGAGCCAAGACCAGAUGAUCCAAUCUUUCCACAGCCUGACCGGUCUAUGUACCAUGGGGGCGAGUUCAAGGAGAAGCUAACACUAAUUACUUAUGUAGGGAACCAGGAUGGACAGAUGCAUGAUAUGGUGGAGAUAUUGGCAUCUGGAGAAGUUCUCAGUGGUGGUGACAGCAUUAGUAAGGAAGCUGGAGACAGGAUUAAGGUGAUUGAUUCUACUUUCCCAUGGUAUGUCAAGCCAGGGUGCUCGUCCUUGGGGCUCUUUUUCGGGCUAUAUUUUCGGCUACGUUUCCCUUUCCAGGAAGCAAAAUGGUAACAGGGACAGCUGGGCCUAGACUCCUGUGAAAAGCGAGGAGAUCUGAAAGACUACGAGGAAAUUAUGAUGCUUGCUAUACAUGCAUGCAGGACAUGUUUCCUUGUAUUUUUGGAGCUCGUGUGUGGGCGUCAUUACGGAUGUGCUGAAAUGAAGCCCUCCUUUUUAGUCUAGGGUAGAUUAGUUUUUUUCAGAGCGGUUUUAAAAAUCUAUUUUU